CCAGUUUCAAAAGGAAAAACACAGGCUUGUAUGUUGAGUAUGAGUCAUAACCUCUCUUCUGCUACUGACUCACUUAGGAGUUUGAGGGUCGCGUGUUAGUUUUGUUGGAGGGGGGUGCAGGCUCCUUAUUACUCGGUGAGAGAGCUGGCAGAUGUCCCAAGCGAGAGAACCUCUUCCUCCGGGGCCUGAAGGGCCAGAACAAGCUCCGACUGAAAACAGCUCUUUGAUCUCCCUCCCUCGAGAAAAAACUGAUCAAGAGAAUACUGCUACAGGAGAUAAAGACAUAAAACAGCCUUCCAGUAACCAGAGUAUACAACCAGAGAUACAAGACCAGUCUGUCUGGGGAAAUCGCACUGAUGGUGACCUCAUCAGAACACAACCUCAACGUUUGCCUCAGCCAAAUACUUCAGCACUGGAAAGGGGUGAGGAAGAAAGUGGCAAAAUCCAAAAUGGCCACGCAGGUCUGAGUAAUGGAAGUGGAAUUCACAAUGGGGUCAAGCAUGUGCCUGCCGACAACAGAAAACUUUCGGCUCCUGUUUCAGAAAAAAUGCACAGAAAAAUUCAGUCCACUUUGUCAGUCAACAGCAACAGCAGCAAGAAGAGUAAAAUAAGCUCUGCGUUUUCUCAAAAGCCAGGUACUUCACCUGAAGGAGCUAGGCCUGAAGCAACCCACUUGAACCUUCUGGACUGUGUAUCUUGUGCCAUUGAGCUUAGAGAUGCGGUGAACAAUCUCACCCAAUGUAUGGUGUUGUUUUGAAAUACACUGUUUAAAAUUCAACAUUUCAACGUGCAUUUGAAUAAAAUUUUUUCUCCUUCUUUUCAAUAUAAUGCGACUUCAUUUGUUCUAGAUGUUGAAACCAAGUAUUAAUUUGGUGGGCACUAUUUAACUCAUGCUACUGACUACUUAUGCCUUAACUGAAGACAAAGCAAGUCCACCAAGUGGCCUUUUUUUUAAGCCAGGGUCUUAAGAACCACUAGAUACAUAUACUUGUAAAUUAGUGAGUAGUUGUCUUAGCAAGGUAGCAGAGCUCUCUUUGAGGUUGGAGCAUCUUGCUUUGGUUUAUAUAACUUUAUACAAACUGAAAAAUAGUUUUCAGUCAAGUUUAUUUUCCUUUUGGACAUAUGGUUUUGAAAAGGAUGAUGGUUUUUUUUUCCUCUUGGGUGCCACAAGAGCAGUGGUGAGUUUUAUUUUAUGUAUUGUUCUGUCAUUGGAUUGGUGUUUAUUGAAAUUCAGAGUGAAUGUGUGUUAAGAAUAGCCUGAUAUGGCAGAAAUAUCUGCUGGUCAUUUCUCUCUCUCUUUUGUUUUUCUUAAACAUAUGCAGACUUCUGAAAUCUAUCCCAUAGCAUUCAGGUAGCAGUUACUUGGUCGGUAUAGUGAAAAUCUUCGGCCAAAAUUUCAAUUGUCAUCUUUUAGAAUUUGAUUUAAUGUGGAAUUGUAUCUUAGCACAAUGUGCAAAACAAAGCAGGUUUUUGUUAGAUGAGACUGUAUGAGAAUGCAGUUGUCAGUCAGACACUAGGCAAAUAAUAUUAUCACAUGAUCAAACCUGAGAUUUUUAAGAAGACAUUUUGAAGACUGGUGUUCUUGAAGCGUGGUUUGCAUAUUUAUUUGAGUAAAAGUCUUGGGAGGUGAUUUACGAGUGUAACAGGAGUGAGUGGAGAACAUAGCAGGAGUGAGUGGAGAACAUAACGAAAAUAAGUCUCCCCACGGUAUACAUUUUAUAAGGUCAUGGUCUAGCUAGCACCUUACUAGUCUCAGUAUUUGCAGUGAUGAGCAAUGACAAUGAAAGCUUCGUAUUCUGAAGAAAUCUUAGAUAUUAGAAAUUAACAUGCUUCUUAGUAUAUCUGUAUCUUUGAACUGGAUCCUUUUACUCCAGAGAUUAUAUCUGUAUGGAGAGUUUAGAAGCUCUGAUAAAAGUUUCCACAUUUUGCUGUGUAAUUUUCCUGUUCAGGCAACAUUUUAAUUUUCUUGAUCAAUAGAAAUGGUAGUUUUCUAUUUUAAAAAUCUCAAUUAUCAUGUAUACUGUGCUUUGUAACUGUAUUUUCCCACAUCUAAGUAAAUGGAACUCUGUUAUCUAGAGAUAACUGUACUCCAUGGGACACGGUAACUUGUUCUUUCUACAGUCCCUUAUUUUUCCCUUAAUGCAGUGUGUUCUCUGGAAGGGGAUGGGUAUCUGAGGUUGCAUGUGAAUCCUAUGCGUUGCAGGAAAGGCAGUGUGAUGGCAGGUGUGCUGCUGCUCCCUAAGUUCAUGCCCCACCUCUGUGCAAUGUGGCCCCACCUAUGCCAGGCCAGGGUGGUUUCUUGCAUGCUGGCUGUGCCCCUCUGCCUGGGGCUGUCUCUGCCGUCAGUGACGUGUGUCAGCCUUGUGCCGCUGAACAGGCCACAGGACGCCUGUAGCACCCGCUGGGGCUUCUGUUCAAGGCUCUGCAGGGGCCUGGAGUAAACUCCCGCUGAGCACCUCAGCUGCCACUUUGAUUGCAGUUUUGCCCUUUUUGAUUCUCGCUGUGAGACAGCAGAGCACCUGGAGAUUUGUUUUGAGUUGUCUGAACUCAGUGAAUAUAGUUAGUAAGAAGCUGACCAAGGUCACCAUCCUGUAAGUGAGCUUAUUUACCAUUGCAGACAUGAAAACCUUUUAUCAUAUGUGACCUGCCUGCUUGGUAUGAAAGCUUAUUGGGUCAGUUUGUGACAAGUUAGUGUCAAACAUUACAAAAGCAGCAUGGAUCAGCCUGCGUGUGUGUUUCUCUGCACAUUUUUCAGUUUAACUUCUGUGUCCCUUGUACAAUUUCAAUGGUUGAUAGUUCUCUUAAAAGUGUUUCUUAAAUAGAGCUGAACCUUUUCAUAAAAAUGAAGAGGAGGUGAUAAAAGGGAAGCUGAAAUAAAAGAAAUAUAUAUUUCAGUAUUUAAAAGACCUCAGAUGUCAGGGUAAUAUCUGUAUGCAAAGAAAUAAAAAAGUAGUGUGCACAUGUGAAUGUUUAAAGAUGUGAACAAAAAUUGUUUUAUUGUUGGUAUUGUUUCUUUUCCUUAAAUGAGCAUAGCUAUUACAACUGGGAUAAGAUAUAGAGUGGGGUCCUCUGGGCUUUGAAUAACAGCGUGUAAAUAAUGGAUUUUAGGCUAUUUCUUGUCUAUAUAUUGUCUAUGGUAACAUAACUGAGUUAAAGGAGAUGUUACACGUACUGUUUAUCCUCUUUUAGUUAAAUCAGCACAAAGUAGCUGGGCGUGUAUGCGAUAUAAGCAGCAAAAACUUGGACGAGUUGAUUGCGUUUGUUUGACUUGGCAUUCUUUAGUAGUUUUGAUGAAGUUUCCUAACAAAUUUGUAACUUUUGGGGAUAUGCCAAAGGACUAAGGAAACAGCUUAACUUACAUGGAUAUUUAAAAAUGUUGCAUGGGAUGACCCUUUUAACUUCAGGUCUAACUUUCAUCCCAGGCAUAAUGAAAAGAUAAUGAAAGAUAAGCUUGAGUGUCUGAGAGCUCAUUUUUUUUCCCCAGCUAUGAGUUGAUCUAAUAAAAUAUACUGUCACUACCUACAUACCAAGCCUGUCAUAAUUUAUGCCAUUCAGAAUAGCUUUUGAGAGCUUGGGUUACAGUCAACAGAUGUGAUAUUUUACUUUGAUGAAACCAAAUGUAUUUGAUAAAGGAACUAAGGCAGAUGUACUGUUUUGGAGUCUUUUUGUGUGAAGUAUACCUCUGUACAGUGUUUGACACUCCACACCCUCACUUUUGUAUGGUGCUGAUCUGUAAACUCUUUUUAAUUAGAGAAAAGUAUAAUAGAAGAAUUGAAAAGAAACAGAUAUUUGAUCCUGAUGUAGUAUAUUGUGGAGGUCCUAAGAAAAAACUUAUCUUCAUUAAUGAUGGGCUUACGUACUGAGACAAACUAAUUUCUUCUUUCUCUGUGAAAGUAUUUCAUGAAAACUUAAACCCCAAGAAACUUGGGAGUUAAAUAUUUAUCAACAGUUAUCAACACCAAAGCAGAUGGAGUUUGGUCCUUGAUAAAGGCAUACUCAUAAGUCUUAGUUGGAUUAGCUUUUCUCAUGGGGAAAAGAAGAAUGAGAAGACACUGAAUUCUCAAGCAAAAUAUAAGGACAUAAAGAAAUAGAUCAUUUUAAGCUAGCAUCUCUUUACAGUAAUACAGUGUCAUAAGUGUGAUAUUACUAUGUUAUGUCUCUAUCAGCAAAUACUAAAAUAUAUUAAAAAUUUCCAGAAAAGUUGUUCGCAGACAUUAAGGUCAUAAAAUUUACUCUUUUUUUUCAAAAUCUUCUCAAAUAUAUAAAGUAAGUUUAGUUCCAGUUGGAUUAAUGUAUUCUGUUAGUCACUCACCUGAAAAAAAUAGUAGAAUUUUGAUGUGGUAUAGCCAAAGAGCAGAAGUUAAGUAUAGUCUUUAUUUUUAACUCUUAAAACAGUUUUGAAGGGUAAAAUAAUUUGAAAUUUAUAAUAGUGCUUUCAGUCUUGGAAUUUGGAAAGAAUUAUUAGAGUCUUGUAAGCAGUGAAAUGUAUUUUUGUGGUCUCUUCAUCAUGGUAAUGAAAAACGUGAGAUCAUCUAUUUUGGAGUGAGUUUUGGACAUAGGGAUCAGUAAAUUUGCAGAUGACACCAAGUUGAGCAGUGGGAAUGUUGUUCUGCUUAAGGGUAGGAAGGAUCUACAGUGAGAUCUGGAUGGGCUUGAUCAAUAGACCAAGGCCAAUUGUAUGAGGUUCAACAAGGCCAAGUGCCAGGUCCUGUACUUGGGCCACAACAACCCCAGGCAAUGCUACAGACUUGGGGCAGAGUGGCUGGAAAUGAAAAGGACCUGAGAGUGUUGGUUGACAGCUGGCUGAAUAUGAGCCAGCAGUGUGCCCAGGUGGUCAGGAAGACCAAUGGUAUCCUGGUUUGUAUCAGAAAUAGUGUUAUCAGCAGGACCAGGGAAGUGAUUAUGCCCCUGUGCUCUGCACUGCUGAAGCUGCAAAUACUGUGUUCAGUUUUGGGCCUCUCACUACAAGAAGGACAUUUUGGUUGUGGAGCAUGUCCAGAGACGGGCAGCAAAGCUGGUGAAGGGUCUGGAGCACAAGUCUGAUGAGGAGCUGAGGUUCUUUAGCCUGGAGAAGAGGAGGAGAUGUGAUCCCUCUCUACAACUACUUGAAAGGAAGUUGUGGUGAGGUUGAGGGUCAGUCCCAGGUAACAAGUGAUAGGACUGGGGGAAAUUGCGUCAAGUUGCAUCAGGGGAGGUUUAGAUUGAAGAUUUGGAAAAAUUUAUUAACAAAAAGGGUUGUUAAGCAUUGGAACAGGCUGUCCAGAGAAGUGGUUGAGUUGCCAUCCCUGGACUUAUCUUAAAUAUGUGUGGCCAUUAUUUAGUGGUGAGAGUAGCGUUAUUAGGGUAGUGGCUGGACUUGAUCUUUUCCAAUCUAAAUGAUUCUAAGAUUCUAUUCUUUAUCACAUCUUCUUUGUGAUUGGACUCCUCUGAUGGUCACACUUUGCAACAGAAGUCAAAGGAAGUGGGUUUUAGCUGUGUAUUUUUUUUCUGUGGAAUUGACAGGUUGUUGUAGGAGUGUGGGUACUAGAGAAAGUUGCGUGGGUUUUGUGUAGCAUGUAGAUUUAUUAUUAUUACAAAAACCACACUACGACUGUAUCUGGCUUUUACUUAUAAUUAAAACAUCUGUAGAUAAGAAGAUAAGAAGUAGGAGUCAUACAUGGAAGAAAUUAUUCAUCCACACAUUUUAUCCAAAUGUAUUACAGACCUUGAAAGUCAUGAUUCUGAAUGCAAUGAGUUACGUAGGACUAGGUAACAUCAUGCUUUAUCAUGUGUUAAAUAAUCACUACUUGGAAUGCUAUUAAAAGUCAGUAAUAUGAAGAAUAUAAAAGCAUGAUUAUUUCAGGUUUGUCCUUGAAAUGUGGAUCAAAGUUUAUGUUCAUUGUACAAAUGAGUCAUUGCAAGAAUGAAGAAAGCGGUAAAGAAUAUAUCUAUGUUAAGUGUUUGUGUAGAUUAAGUAAAAUUGUUAUAUGAAGAUAUUCUAAACAGAAAACAAGUUUUGCCAUCUGGGGAGAAGGAAAUAAACAGCAGAUAAAUAAAUCCUUCUAGCAUUUCAAUCAAUGAAGAAAAGAUGGGAAAAAAAGAGUUUCCGUUUUAGCACUAAUGACCAAAAUUUUUUCUGUAUCUUGGACCAUUUUUGUUAACUUUUAGCUUUGAAGUACUUUUAGUUAGAUCAGCACACCUUCUUGGUUUAAUGGUUUUUUUUUUUAGGUUAUGAAAGAAAAGUUCUUUUGUGGGUACAGAAAGUGCUUUCUGAGUGCAGUCCCUUUUGUUUAACCUAUGAACCUUGUCUCUUUGCCAAUCAAUAAAUAGUAUAUAAUAAUUUCUGUGAAUGUUUAUUUCUCUUUCUACAAUUUUACAUAUUCCUGCAUGAAGCAUGCAAGAUUUUUUUUAGUAUCUCAUUUUCAGUACCGAUACACAUAAAGUUACGUUGUGGUGUUUCAUAUAACAAAAUAUUUGCAGAACUAAAUUUGUGGUAUUAGCUUCUUUCAGCUGUGUUUUAAAGAUGUGGAACAGUGAAAACCUUGGUUCUUCAAAUAUGAAGGCUUGUUUGAUAGAACUCUUGGCCUCUUUAUCUUUUUCCUUCAUAUUAAAAGAAAAUCUGAAAGGAGAUUGUACCUGAACAAAUUUAACACCAUCUCCAUGACAACUAGCUAAUUAAUUGCUAUUGGUCUGGCUUUGGUCCUCUUCAGUGAACUAAUACUCCCCAGCUUUAUUUCAUAUAUCUUCUGGGUUUUCUAUGAAGGUCAUUUUUUUAGUGACAGAAUUUCUUUGAGAAAAACAGUCUUUGAGAAAAACAGUCUUUUAAUGCAAGCAGCAACUUUCUUUAAAAGCAGCUCAGACUUCCCUGUGGUUUCCUCUCAAUUUUGCUUCCUGCGUAGUAGUAGUGAUUUUUUGAGGUUAAUAUAUAUUAUGACAUUACAGCACAGGUAUUCCCAAGCUAAGUUUGGAUCUAAGUAGUAUAGUAAGUAGGAGAAAACAAUCCUCAGCAGUGUGAUGUUUAGAGUGGGAUAAGAGCUCAGGUAAUUACUUUGAAUCUUGGGACAGAUUUGCAGGUCUAAGCCUCUGUUGCUGCAUUGCUGUAAGUAUUCCCACUUACUCAUGUAAAGUCAUUGCUUUGCUAUCCUACAUUCACAGUUUCUGCGAUGCUACAGGUUCUUAGAAUUAAUCAAGAUACUUGCUAUAGUUACUGCAUUUUUUUUAUAUUUAUAAAUAUUUUUAUUUAUUUUUACUGUUGCAAGUAAUUGCAAGCUUUUGCCUGUGAUAGAACAUAACAUCUGUAGAUGGUCAGACCAAUUGCUAUUGUCCUAGUUUAACCCCAGGUGGCAACUAAGCAGCAAACAAACAGCUGCUUGCUCCCGUGGGGGAGAGAAUAGGAAGGGUAAUAGUAAAAAGAAUCGUGAGUAGAGAUCAAGACAAUUUAACAGGCAAAGCAAAAGCUGUGUGUACAGGCGGAACGAAAUAAGGAAUUCAUUCCCCACUUCCCAUGGGCAGGCAGGGCUCAGCCAUCUCCAGGAAAGCAAGGCUUCAUCAUAUGUAAUGGUUACUCAGGAAUACAAAUACCAUCACUCUGAACAUCCCUGCCUUCUUUCUU